UCAUCAUGUGAAUCGCAGCAGUUUCCCAGAGUGCAGUGUGAGCUUUGCCCCACCCCGUGUCUCAGCCCUCAUUUCCAAGCCGUGAGAAAUAAGCAAAAUACUGCAAGGAGCAGCAGCAGCAGCAGCCGCGGCGGCGGUACCCCUCCUUCCUGCCUUCACCACCCAGGGACCGGGGCACCCCAACAUCCCCCCCCGCCCCCAGGGACACCAGCCGGGGGGGCGGAGGACAAGGCCAUCCACAGCAAGAAGAAGAAGGGGGGUCCUGCACCAGAUCGGAAACCAUUCCCGGAGACACCCCAACAAUCAGGAUUAUACCAUCUAACGCCCCCCCCCCCCCCCUUUGGAUUAUUCUACAGGACCUCAUCUCAGGAGGGGGGUGCUGUGUGCCCCCUGUGACCCGGAGAACCCCCGCUCCUGACUCUCUUCCUCCUCUCUCAUGGUCACUGGGCCCGGAGACGUAUUACCGGGGCUCCUCGGUCUGGGGGUCCCUGUUCAGGAGAAUUAACUCAUUCAGCGCCAGCAGGCCACCCCCACGCUCUAGUUACCUGGCCGCGCCCCCUACCGGUGACAUUGCGGGCUGCCCCCUCCCCCCUUCCCUGUUCCUCUGAUCAAUAUCGGGGUGCUGCCCCCCCUUUUGCCCGUGCGCCCCACCGUGCGGGCAGACACCGAGAGGAGGAGAUACCGGGCCACCAUUUUAAGACAGGAAGAAGCUGGAGUGGGGCAGGCAGCCUGACACCCCCACCUCCUGCCUCUAUUAGGGGGCCCGCCGCUGCAAAUGGUUAAUUUGGGGGCGUGUGACCCCCGCACAGCUGUCAUUGAUGAGUGCCAAUUACCGGGCUGAUUAGCGGCCUGCUUUAUAGGCUCCGGGGCGGGGGGGAGACAGAGGCCGCUCCUGCUGCUGCUGGUCGGGUUUGUCGCGGUGUUUUAUCGGGGGGAGGGGAAGAAAGCUUCAGUUUUUUUAUUUUACCGUCUGCCGCUCUCGGAGUUCGGAAGGGGAGGCCGCGGCCUACUUGUUUGUUUUGCCUCCUCCGUCCGGAGCGGGUUUUCCUGAGCGCGUAGGCUGGCCCGCGGUCAGUGACUGAGGAGGAUGGGCUGCCUGGGGAACAGCAAGACGGAGGACCAGCGCAAUGAGGAGAAGGCGCAGCGGGAGGCCAACAAGAAGAUCGACAAGCAGCUGCAGAAGGACAAGCAGGUGUACCGGGCCACGCACAGGCUGCUGCUGCUGGGUGCCGGGGAGUCGGGGAAAAGCACAAUUGUGAAGCAGAUGAGAAUUCUCCAUGUGAAUGGAUUUAAUGCAGAGGAGAAGAAGAUAAAAAUUCAAGAUAUAAAGAAUAACAUUAAAGAGGCCAUCGAAACCAUAGUAACAGCAAUGUGCAUCCUGUCACCUCCAGUGGAGCUAGCAAAGCCUGACAACCAGUUUCGAAUUGAUUACAUCGCAAACUUACCGAGUCACAAGGAUUUUGACUUCCCAUCAGUACGGGGACAAUCUCAGGUGUACUAUCAUAGAGACUUUCCAGAAACCAAAUCACUGGAAUUCUAUGAACAUACAAAAGCUCUCUGGCAAGACGAAGGGGUGAAAGCCUGCUAUGAAAGAUCGAAUGAAUAUCAGCUGAUCGACUGUGCGCAGUAUUUUCUAGACAAAAUUGACAUUGUGCAACAGAAUGACUAUACACCAACUGAUCAGGAUUUACUACGAUGCAGAGUCCUGACAUCAGGAAUAUUUGAAACCAAGUUUCAGGUUGACAAAGUGAACUUUCACAUGUUUGAUGUCGGUGGCCAACGCGAUGAACGCAGAAAAUGGAUCCAGUGCUUUAAUGAUGUGACUGCGAUUAUAUUCGUGGUUGCCAGCAGCAGCUAUAAUAUGGUGAUCCGGGAGGACAAUCAGACCAACAGACUCCAGGAAGCGCUAAACCUCUUCAAGAGCAUCUGGAACAAUAGGUGGCUACGGACCAUUUCAGUCAUUCUCUUCUUGAAUAAACAAGAUUUACUUGCAGAGAAGGUUUUGGCUGGCAAAUCGAAAAUUGAGGACUACUUUCCAGAUUUUGGUCGUUACACAACCCCAGAUGAUGCAAUUCCAGAACCCGGGGAGGACCCGAGAGUCACAAGGGCCAAGUAUUUUAUUAGAGAUGAGUUUCUUAGAAUCAGUACAGCAAGCGGGGAUGGGCGGCACUACUGUUACCCUCACUUCACGUGUGCAGUUGAUACGGAAAAUAUUCGAAGGGUUUUUAAUGAUUGUCGGGACAUUAUCCAAAGGAUGCACCUCCGUCAAUACGAACUGUUGUGAUGGAGAAAUUCUAAAAGAAAAAAAUCCGCCCCCCCCCCCCUUUUUUUUUUUUUUUUUUUUUUCCCCCCCCCCCUGGACUCUUAAUUCAAUAAAAAAAAAAUGAAACUACAAAGAUCCCCAAACAAGCAUAAAAACAAAGGGGAUGGGGAAACAAUCCACCCACGAAGGGAUGGAAAAACUGUGUGCAAUCUCCCUCUCCAGCUUGCACCUAUUUUGUUUUGUUUUUCCUUUUUUUUUUUUUUUUUUUUUUUUUUUUUCUCUCCUGUUUCCUUGCUGUCAGGAAAUUUGUGGAACUGUUAGCUUGCUGCCCCCUCAUUACCCCUCUGCCCUGAGACGGCAUGGGCUGGCGCCAAAUGUACUCUUCACAUAUGGACUCUCAUCCUUCACCUGAUUGCCCCACCCCUUUUAAAAUGCCAAUGUUAAAUGCAGUGCGUGUGGAGGAUUUUGACUUCAUAUAAUGUGUACACGUGUGUCUGGAAGAGGUCUGUGCAGUGGGCUGGAGACUGUACUGAUUAUUUCCAUCCCUCAAUGCAGGGCCUAAUUCUUUCCUCCUUGACAAGUCACCCAUUAUAUCAACUUUGUAUUCCUUCACUGCAUUGCUGACCGCCGACUGAAGGACACUCGACUCUUGACUGUAAUAUUGUGUCUUGAUAUUACGGAGCUGGGAGGCUCCCUGCCAUCACUGGGAGGGCAGUGGCAAGAGAUUUUAUGCCUUUAACAAGGGUGCCAUUUUUUUUUUUUUUUUUUUUUUUUUAGAAAAAAAACAAAACAAUAAAUACUUGGAUAUGAAUUUCAACAUAUCAAUGUAUUUAUUUCCCCCCCAAAAAAAAAAUCCUGGACAUUUGUGUUAGCCACGCUUUAUUAUUAUUUUUUUUCCCUCUCUUCCCACUUUGUCCUUUAAACAACCUUGUGUGAUCUUUAUAUCUUCAAUCCUGAGCAGAAUGUUAGACCUCUGUCCUCACAAACAUGAUCACUCCCUUUCCUUCUGUACAACACCCCCUCACUUUUUUUUUUUUUCUUUUUUCUUUUUUUUUUUUUCUUAUUUUACUGCUGGAUUAUUCUUUGUACAGAAUGUAAAAUGUAUUAUUUUGUACAACUUUAUUGAAAAAAAAAAAAUAACUUGUAGAAGAGCUUUGUGCCUUGAUUUUGGCUGUGCCCUGUACAAUGAGCUAAGAUGUAAGUAUGUCAAAUGACUCUGUAUAGCAAUGUCACCUUUGCACCCCUCUCCUUGUUUACCUUCCUACGUUCGCUCAACAUGGGGCAAAUCUAUCUGUAGUACUAGUAUUUUUUAUUUUUUUUCUUCCUGGUUUACAGAAAAAAGCAAAAAGGCGUUGAGUAAAAAAAAAAAAUUACAAAAAAUUGUACAAAUGUUGCAAAUUUAACCACUUUUAAAGCAGGUCUUCAUGAUUUGACCCACUUCUGGCUUCAUCGUGCUUUUAGCUUGAUCUCAUUUACACAUCUAUCCAAGUGCAAAAAACUGGCUUGUUUCUACAUAAACCAAAUUUUGCUACAAA